GGAGUUGCCAUGGUCACUGAUUGAAAGGAUGCCCAGCACUAAUUAUCAACCAGGUGUCAGACAUCUGUUGUCCUCUGCAAUUGGUCGUCGAAGCUUCUCAGCCUUCUUAAACUGCUUGUGUGAAGAUUGGGAUGACUUGUUCUCUUUGCAGUUCUUCAAUGCUGAUCAUGAUGACAGCACACAUAUUGGCUUCUGUGCUGUGUUGUCUUUUGGCUCUUCCUGGUUUGGUGAGGUCUGCAUCUUUGCCUUUGGUCUCAUGCGGUGAGGACAGUGUGAAGGCGCCGGCCAGCAUGGCUGUCCAGCACAUCAACCGACAUCACAAGCAUGGUUUCAAUUUCAAGUUUCGCCUGCAUGAGGUCCUAACCAGCAGUUAUCAACAGUUUUCUGGCGGCUGCCACAUUGAUGUGAAUGUGAAGCUGCUGCAGACCAAAUGUCACUUCACCAAUCCCAAACCUGUGGACCAAUGUGAGCUGUGGAAAUGGAACGAACGGGUGAAUAUUCUUUCAGUAUGCGACGUUGAGUUUUGGGUCAUGUGGGGGGUGGCCAAAAUCACCAAACACAAAUGCACCACCAGACCAGACCACACCAAAGAUGAGAUGAUGACCCUUUGUCCUUCCUGCCCCAAGUUGUUGUCCCUUAACGAUGAGACAGGCGUUAGCGCCGUGCAGCAGGCAGUGCUCCGGUUCAAUCAGGAGAGCAAACGCCACAAUUACUUCACCCUGCUGGAAGUGGCUCAACUGACUGAGGAGUACACCGCCGCCAUCGGCACCAUCACCUGACUCAAGUUUGCCCUGGUGGAGACCAUGUGUCCACGAGAGGCCACACAUACUUUAGCGGCCUGCAUGCCUCGCUGCCCCGACAAAGCUCAUCACAUCUACUGCCAAACCUCCUAUUACAACUCGUACAAACAAGUGGGAGAGCUUGAGUGUGAAACGUACCCACCAAAGAAUUCAGAGACUCUUCUAGUUGGUCAGCCGGAGUCUGUUUGCAUGCCGCCGUUCCACCAGAGUGCAGAAGCUUGCAGGUGCAAGGAGCAGCUGAAAAAUCUCGAGCUGUCCAUCCACCACAUUUGUCCCUUCACGCUGAAGUGAUGUUAUCGCUCUUUUAAAUCAA